AUGCAUUCCGAACACCAAGAUUUUCGAAGACGCCUAUGGAGACUUUUUGACCGGAAGGGCAAGGCUAUAAAGUACGUAAUGCUGGAAUAUUCCUUCAAAGGUGAAGAACGUGCCAUUGCUUCUUUGCCGCAUCGCAGCUCCAAAAAUGACAAGCCAUUUCUUCGCACUGAAAAAAGCACCAAAGAUAGGGUGAAAUCCUUGGUUAAAGAUGGAAAAAGACCGUCAGAGAUCUAUGAUACAGUUCUGGAAGAAAAAGGUGGCUUGAUGAAAGCAGAAUCUCUGUCCUCGCUUCCUCUCCACUCUCAGGCCGCUAAUUUUAAAAGCGCACAGAAAGAAGAUUCUCAGAAGGAUGAGCUUUGGGCGAUUGCAAAUUUGGCCAAAAAGGAAGUGAGCAAUGGCACUCCUUUUGUAAGGUACAUAGACUGUUGUACCGGCAAUGUGUUUCUCGCAGAUGAUAGACAACUAGACGACCUGCAACGUUUCUGUACAAAUCCACAGCAUUUUGGAGUACUCGGCGUGGACACUGUUUUCAACUGUGGCAAUUUUUAUGCAACACCGACGACAUAUCCCCAUCUUCUACUGAUUGAUAAGACCACUUUGAAAUCUCCGACAAUGUUAGGCCUAGUUACUGUUCACAAACGGUUAAACACUGAGUGUUACGAUUACCUAGCAGCGUCGCUGACCAGGGCUAAGCCAGCAUUGAGGAAUGUCCUGGCCGUUGGAAGCAAUGGUGACAGCAAGAUUUUCAACGGUAUGAAGCAGCAAUUUCCCGCUUCUACGUGGGUGCUCUGUCAGAAGCAUGUAGAGGACAACCUAAGACGCUAUUUGACCAGCAUUGGUAUUACUGGCAAUGAUCAGCAAUUAUUCAUUGGUGACAUUUUUGGCGAUAUACAACAGCGAAAAAGUGGCUUAUCAGAUAGUGUUGCAGGAAUGCAAUUUGGCAAGCGACUUAAAGCUGCCAAAGAUCGCUGGGAUCAAAAGGAACGCAGCAUACGCAAUGUUAAAGAAGCCCAGUUUUACUCCUGGUUUGUGCGAUACAAGGCUGAUAAGAUCAAGGAGAAACUCCUUUAUCCUGUUCGAAGGGAUGUUGGUCUUGGCUACGACUUCAAUUACAACAAUGCAAAUGAGUCGAUCAAUAACUCGGUGAAAUGAAAAAAGGACUACGAACGUUGUAAAGAAAUCGUGGAAUUCACCGAAAAAGUGAGAGAAAUCAAAGACAUUCAACAAAGAAAUGUUGAAGGUGCUGUGAUAGGGGAGGGACCUUAUCAUUUGCGCAAUAAUUACGCAAAGGAGCUGGAGGUUGAUCCUGAUGUCUGGUUCCAUCAGAUGACACCACUACAACGUCAGCAAAACCUCGAUAAGCUUAUGUCCACAGAAGUUAAGCUACCAGAGUCACAACUUCAAGAUGAUGCAGGUGCAGGCCCUAAACCAACUGAAAGCCGCCCUAAAUCAACUGAUGCCAUUCUCCACCUAUCAAUGUGAUUCGAAGAGUCUCGCUUAUCAAGACUUGUGUAUGCAGGAUUAUGGCAAAAAGCAAAUGAAUUGGUUGCCAAAGAAAAUGCAAUGUACCCGGUCCCUGGGACACAAAACAACCAAGCGUUUUUCGUGGAAAGUGCAAGUGGAGGGCCAUCAAAACCAAACCACGAUGUUAUCAAACCAAACAGUGGUGUCGUAUGCGAUUGUGAUAAGUUUAAAGAAACUCGUUUAUGUAGCCAUUCAAUCGCUGUUUCAGAAAGAACUGGAACACUUGAAUCACAUAUUCUGUGGUUCAAGAAAACUGAAUUUCAACCAAAUCUUUCCUCACUGGCUGUGCGGGGAGGUCCAUCAGUUUAA